AUGCCCGACUCCAAGGAAGGAAAGCAGGCGACUCUGGGGUACGUCAAAGACUCGCAAUUGACUCUCGGGAGGUUCUUCGGGUCCGGUUCCGACGCACCUAAAAAGCAGACAACCCUCAGUUUCGGCGGUAAUAGAAGCAAGUCGACUUCCGCAAGCAAAGCGAAGAAGGAAACAUCUCCUGCACAGGAAAAUGCGAAAAAGACAUCAGCCGAUGGAACAAGCGGUAACGAUGUCAGUAUGACAGAGGCUUCCGAGGUAAAGGCUGAAGUGAGCGAGGAUGCAGAUGAGAACCCAUUGAAACGGGACAAGAGUCAGGAAGCAAGCGAUAGCGACGCAAGCGAUGAUGUACAGCCCAGCAAUAAGAGGCGACGAAAGUCUUCGAGCAAAGCCGCUGCAGCCAAACCACAAGCCAAACCCCCCACCAAGAGCACGAGUGGACGCAAACCACUGGCCAAAGAGCCUUCUCCUCCCAAGGUCGUGGAAAAAGCAUCUGGCGAGGAAACACCAGAGGAUCCAGAUGUUUCCGAAGCGGAAGAAGGUCUAUCUGCUAGUGAGGACGAGGUAGAGAAAAAGCCCGAGUUGAAGAAGAAGGAAAUCGAGAAGGUUCAAGCCACUCUGAAAGGGAGCGGAAACGAUCCGUAUCCCGACUGGAAGGCUGGUGAUCCUGUACCAUACGCCGCUCUUUGCACUACGUUCUCUCUUAUCGAAAUGACGACGAAACGACUUCAAAUUCUCGCACACUGUUCCCUCUUUCUCCGACAAGUUCUUCGUCUCACUCCUCAAGAUUUUCUCCCCACAGUACAGCUCAUGAUCAACAAACUUGCCGCCGACUACGCUGGGAUCGAGCUGGGUAUUGGUGAAUCGUUGAUCAUGAAAGCCAUUGGCGAAAGCACUGGCCGUAGUCUGGCCGUGAUUAAGGCAGACCAGCAUGAAAUCGGAGACCUGGGAUUGGUUGCCGCCAAAAGCAGAUCAAAUCAGCCCACAAUGUUCAAACCGAAAGCGUUGACUGUUCGAGGAGUGCACGAAGGUCUACUCGGUAUUGCCAAGGUUCAAGGCCACGGCUCCCAGGACAAGAAGAUAUCCGGAAUCAAGAAGUUACUCUCUGCUGCAGAUACAGCAACUACAGGAAAGGGGAGCAAGGGAAUUGAUAUCACCAAGAAUAAAGGUGGCGCAAGCGAAGCCAAGUAUAUUGUGCGAUUCUUGGAAGGCAAAUUGCGACUUGGACUGGCCGAAAAAACUGUUCUUGUUGCCCUUGCUCAAGCCGUCGUUUCCCACGAGGCUGCUUUAAAGGGAAAGAAAGCCCCGUCUGCUGAGGAACUGGCCCAAGGUGAGUCAAUCCUCAAGACGGUAUACAGCGAGUUACCUGCCUAUGAGGUUAUUAUUCCCGCCUUACUUGAGCACGGCCUGUCCAACUUGCGCGAACACUGCAAGCUGCAACCGGGUAUCCCGAUCAAGCCUAUGCUUGCUAAGCCAACCAAGUCUAUAACCGAGGUCCUGGACCGGUUUGAGGGCAAGGAUUUCACGUGCGAGUAUAAAUACGACGGGGAGAGAGCUCAGAUUCACUACGUCGCGCCCGAUCAAACAAACAACUACCCAGGUGCUCAACUUACGUUGAAGAAGGAAAGUGCUGGACUUGCCGCUAUUUUCUCUCGGAACUCCGAAGAUCUUUCCAAGAAAUACCCCGAUGUCCUCGCUAAGCUUAGUACUUGGAUCAAGCCCGAGGUCAAGAGCUUUGUGUUGGACUGCGAGACAGUCGCCUGGGACAUGGAAGCAAAGAAGGUGCUUCCUUUCCAGCAACUGAUGACGCGAAAGAGGAAGGACGUCAAGGCAGAGGACGUCAAGGUCAAAGUCUGCGUGUUCGCAUUUGACCUCCUAUUCCUCAAUGGAGAGCCCACCGUCAAAAAGUCUCUCCGUGAGCGCCGCGAGCUCCUCCACUCCACCUUCCAGCCAACAGAAGGCGAAUUCCAAUUUGCCCAAUACGGCAACACAAAUGACCUCGACCAAAUCCAAACCCUCCUCGACGAAUCUGUCAAAGCGUCCUGCGAAGGCCUCAUGGUCAAGAUGCUUGACACUGAAGAGAGCGGCUACGAACCCUCAAAACGCAGUCGCAACUGGCUGAAGGUGAAAAAGGACUACCUCGCCGGUGUCGGCGACUCGCUUGACCUCGUCGUCCUGGGCGCGUACUACGGCCGCGGAAAGCGCACUUCCGUAUACGGUGCCUUCCUGCUAGCAGCAUACAACCCGAACUCGCAGAAGUACGAAACGAUUUGUAACAUCGGCACUGGGUUCUCCGAAGCCAUGCUCGACGAACUCCACGCAACCCUCUCGCCCCUCGUCAUCGACCGCGCAAAGCCCUUCUACAGCCACUCCACCGUGCCCAAGGACCAACCAGACGUUUGGCUCGAGCCGCGCCAUGUCUGGGAAGUCAAGACCGCCGAUCUCACGCUUAGUCCGCGGUAUAAGGCUGCUGCGGACGAAUUUGUCGGGACGGCUGGUGGAGCUGGUGGGAAGGGUGUUUCGCUGCGCUUUCCGCGCUUUAUCAAGGUGCGCGAUGAUAAGAAGCCUGAUCAGGCGACGACUACCAGGGCUGUUGCGGAGAUGUAUCGGAAGCAGGAGGCUGUGGCGAAGGAGAGCUCUGGGAAGGGUGGAGUUGACGACGACUUUGAGUAUUGA